ACGGACCAAUCAGAUGCGUCACAGGAAGUCAAUAAACUGUGACGGCGGGCCGUUCGAAUAUUGGUCGUUUCCACAGCAUUUCCGGAGCAGCAAUGGAGCAGCAGGCGGGACCAUCGGUCUGCUCUCAGUCAGGUGAUCAGAGCAAGGUGGUGAGCCUGGGGGCGGGGCUUAAUAAUGAGAGCAGUGCCAUUCAGCUGCGUCAACACUGUACGGUGGAGCUGAUGGUAGAAGGCCAGGAGAUGAGCUUAGAGGAGCAGCGGGCAAAGAGAUACCGGCAGAAGGGGAAGGAAGGUGCGUUCGCUGCCUGCCGGACGUCUCACGAUGCCUCCACUGACUGUGAGGAGAAAAUAAAGCUAUCGUUUUCAGAGAAGAUGAAAUGUCAGCAGGAGCAGCAGGAGCAGCUGCGCCAGGAGCUGGAGGAGAAGGAAAGGCUGCUCCUGCUCAGAAAGGCCCAACAGGUCAGUCACUCGGAUCAACUUCCUGCAGCCCUUCCCUUCAAAGUGUUCGACGAGUCCCGGUCUGGUUCUGAAGAGCCCGCUGGCAGCGCCGCCGGGCCGCGCUCAGACGGGCCGCCGGACGACGUCUUCAUGCGUCCCGGUGAGAAGGGGCUCUGCCUGAAGCUCCAGCUGCGUCGACGCCACGAGCAGAACCACGAGCAGAACCAUGAGCAGAACCACGAGCAGAACCACGAGCAGAACCAGCAUGCAGAUCCGCUGAGACGGACCUCAGAGGAUCUCUGGACCGAGCCGGACUCUGACUCUCCAAUCCUCUCCAAGAUGGCAGAGAAGCUGAGCCCCAUACAGGAGAUGAGUGUGGAAGCUGCUUCCCUGACCUCGCUGGGAGAACUGGACCAGAACCAGGAGCGGAUCGACGGCCGUCUGUCACCACCUGUAGAUCCCUGCGACCCAGAGGUUCACAGACAGCUGUUGGAGGUCUGUGACAUCACUUCCUCUCCAGACUUUCAUUCACACCAGCGUUCCCUACCUGCUGUGGAGGAGGGCGGCCUUCUGGACCUCGGGGGCGACACAUUCCUCAUUGCAGGCAGACAUUUGGACAGAGGCAGCUUCUCCAUCUUUAAAGGGUUUAAACAAAGUGCAGAGACGACAGAGUGCGUCUUUAUGAAGGUGGACAGCUGCUCGGUCCCCUGGGAUUUCUACCUGUUCAGCCGCCUUAGGGAGAGCUUGCCAUCUGCUGACGGAGUCCCUCUGGUCAGCUGCUUCCUGUUUGUAGACGGCUGCAUCACAGUCUACAGCCCCCCCGCACACCACCUGUUCACGGAUCUGACCGACUGCGACGCGGGUGACCUGUGUGUCGGUCUUAAAGCCAUCAGCCUGUUGCAGCUGGUGCUGCAGCUGCACUCCUGCAGCCUGCUGCAUGCGGGGCUGCGUCCCAGCGUUCUCGCCUCCUGCCACAGAGGGAUCGAGGACUGGCUCUUCCCAGUCGACUGGUCUUCCUCACUGGAUCUGGACCUUCAGAAAGACGUCACAUCGGUCCAGCAGCUCCCGUCAGCGCAGACCUACAUCAGGUUGGGUCUCCUGGAGCCCACUGACCCGCCACACGUGGUGGACCUGGUGGGCGUGGCUGAAACGGUCUACUUCCUCCUGACGGACACCAAGAUGAUCCCCGUGAAGGACGGCAGCGGCUGGACAGUAGAGCAGUACAGUGGAGACGGACCCUGCGACAUCUACACCACGACUUGGAGGAGGUUUUUCCGUUAUCUGCUGAACCCCGGACAUCGCUCAUCGGUUUCUCUCCUUUCAGACAUGAAGGAGGAGCUUUCUUCACUCUAUCUGGAACAUCAGUAGUCCAUGUUGUAUUUGUUCUCAUGCUUGAUUUAAAUCAUCUAAUAAAGUAAAACACUACUUGA